AGUUGUUGCUUGUUGGUUGCUUGCUUUAUGUGGUGGUGUUCGCUGUUUACCAAUUGUUGACGUUUCUCGUUGCUGUUGGUUUGUUGCGGAAGAAAAGUGUACGUGUUUUGCUUAUUUUAGUGUUACCAGAUAAUUUCUUCUUCUGCUUGUGUCGAAGAAAAUAUUGUACACAUGUCCGUGCUUAGACUACGGUAGCCCAGAAUACGGAGAGAAGGGCAAACGAAAUUUUUAAAUUAAUUUCAAUGAAGUGUAGUGGAAAACAGUAAGAUCGCGGUAUAUUUGACAUGCAGUUGUUUUGCACGAUUUUUAAUUUUUUUCGAAGAAAGAAUACCAUGCAAAUAUAAUUACAUGAUUCUUUAAGCGUAAAGUAGAACAGAUUUGCUGAAAAUUCGCACACAAAAGAAAAGAAGAGAGUAUAAGACAUAUGCCGAAAAUUCAGCUGUUUAAUGUUUCUCUUUUACUUUUCUUGAUGCAGAAAUUAUAAAAUAACGAUACGAAUGUUAAUAGUAAACAUAUUGAAUUAAGUGCUAAUAUUUACGUUGCAUUAUAUAUAAAUGAUAGUGCCUUAGCUCUUCAUAUUUUGCCAUAAAAAUACAUAUCUUUUUUUUAUUGAGAUAACUGGAUGAAACAAGUAGUUCAAUGUGGAAGUGAUAGUUAAACUACUCCAAUAUAAUAGUGUUUUGCGUGCGCUUGCAUUAAAAAGUUGAAAAUGGUUUUUGAUUAAUCAUCAAUCUCAUUUAUAUUUCGCGCGUUAAUUUGUAGCGAAUGAAUUGCAUGAAUACAAAAACUCAACUUGACACACAUCAGUAAAGCUUUUGUUGGAACAAUUGGCAUCGACAAGCAUAAAUAUCUGCACUUUCAAUAUGGCUUCAAAUGGAUCAUUUUCAAAAAAUACCGAUCAAAUUGUUGAACCUACAGGCAGUUCAUCAACGACAUCGCCGCGUACUAGCACAUCUCGACCGUCACAGCAGCAUCUACAGUGUGUCAUACCCGAUGAAGGGACAUAUCUGAAACCGAAUGCGAAACAAGCAUACUUCAGUGAUGAAAAGGUGCUCAUACCACAAAAUGAUGAGACUAGCUUUAGCUUUCGCAAAUUAUGGGCAUUCACCGGUCCUGGGUUUCUCAUGUCCAUAGCAUACUUGGAUCCGGGCAACAUAGAAUCAGAUUUACAAAGCGGAGCGGCAGCAAAAUAUAAAAUCUUAUGGGUACUUUUAUGGGCUACGGUUUUGGGUUUGCUGAUGCAACGUCUGGCGGCGAGGUUGGGUGUUGUGACGGGUCUACAUUUGGCGGAAAUGUGCUAUCGCCAAUACAGAAAGCUGCCGCGUAUCAUACUUUGGAUAAUGAUCGAGAUUGCGAUUAUCGGCUCUGACAUACAGGAAGUGAUUGGCACAGCGAUUGCCAUAUAUCUAUUGUCAAAUAAAAUCGUACCGCUGUGGGGUGGAGUGCUGAUAACAAUUGUCGAUACGUUCACGUUUUUAUUUUUGGAUAAAUAUGGUUUGAGGAAAUUGGAGUUCUUUUUUGGCUUUUUAAUCUCUGUGAUGGCGAUUACUUUCGGCUAUGAGUAUAUCGUCUCAGCGCCUAAUCAGGCUGAAGUGAUGGAAGGCAUGUUUGUGCCAUGGUGUAAGGAUUGUAAUGCAAAUGUUCUACUACAGGGUGUAGGCAUAAUUGGCGCUGUGAUAAUGCCCCACAAUUUGUAUCUUCAUUCCGCUUUAGUCAAAUCACGUGAUAUCGAUCGUCGUCAACCGAAAAAAGUCAGCGAGGCAAAUUUCUAUUUCUUCAUCGAAGCGUCGGUGGCGCUCUUUGUGUCCUUCAUUAUUAAUCUAUUUGUCGUAGCCGUCUUCGCGCACGGCAUGUACGGUAAAACCAAUCAAGAUGUGUUGGAUGUUUGCGUUAAUCAAACAAUGUUCGAGGAUGCCAAAUCGUCUUUUACGGAUUCAAACAAUAACACCGAUCUCAUCGAAGCCGAUAUCUAUAAGGGUGGCCUAUUUUUGGGUUGCACUUUCGGUGCUGCGGCUAUGUAUAUUUGGGGUGUUGGCAUUUUGGCCGCAGGUCAGAGUUCCACCAUGACUGGCACAUACGCGGGACAAUUUUCAAUGGAAGGUUUUCUGAAUUUGCAAUGGCCACGUUGGCGUCGUGUGCUCUUUACUCGCUUUAUUGCCAUCGUACCCACAUUCUGUUUGGCAUUUUUUACACGCUUGGAGGACUUAACACAUUUGAACGAUAUUUUGAAUGCAGUGAUGUCGUUGCAGUUGCCUUUUGCCGCCAUACCAACGAUAGCAUUCACUUCGUGUGUGGCUAUAAUGGGUGAAUUCGUAAAUGGCCUUGCGAACAAAGUCAUAUCCAUUAUGUUAACCAUAGUGGUAAUAACGGUAAACAUCUACUUCGUUGUUGUGCAGGUGCAGAUGGCGUCUCUGGAAAAUGGCUUAUUAGCAUUAGUUUGUAUAGGAGCUAUUUUAUAUUUGCUUUUUAACUUGUACCUUGUGAUACACAUGAUUGCGUGCAUGGGCAAUCAAAGAUUUGUCAAUAAUAGGUGGAUCCAGAAAUUUGUGCUCCCCAGUCAGAAUAGUUUUACGAUAAAGAACGCCAAUUCAACGUAUGCAAGAAUUUCACCGAAUGGCGAUCGGGAAGUGGGUGUACCUUUCGGCGUAGAGGAGGACGCAUAGCCAUUACUUUGUGACGUUGACUCCGACUGCAGUAAUGAUAGCGAUAACACUUUAUUUAUAAGCAAAAAUGGAAUGUACAAUCAUGACUGUUCCAGCAUAAUCAGCUAGCAUAGGCGACGUUGUUCUUAUGAUGAUGACUUUAACAUAAUUUUUAGAAAAACGAAGAACAGCACCCACAUACAAGUACUAAUGCUAACAAUAUUCAUGCCCAAGUAACAAUCACACAAACAAAGAAUGACAACCAAAUUAUGUAAAAAACAUGUACGUGGCAUAUGUAGGUGUUCAUACUUGGCUACAACAAUAAGUGCAACAUGACAUCAGGCUCCUCAUUCGUAGAUGACUGCUAGGGAUAAGUGCAAAAUUGAAGUAAAUUGAAGGGAAGAAUUUGUUUAAUUAAUUAUUUUCUUUUAUUGAAAUUAUUUCUUACAAAAAGUCUUAACGAUUAUGAAUAAUUGCAACAAAAUAUAUUGAUUUCUAAAACUCAAUUGAUUAUAAACAUAAAUACAAUGUGUACUCUGUUUAAAGUUAAUAAAUUUUAGUAAUAUAUAUUCUUUAUCUGAUUGUAAAUAUGUAUAACAUAACUAUUCUUGCAAAACAAAUGAAAAAGUGUAAAAAAACCGAAUCAAUUGGAAAAUGUACGUGGUAAGGCUGUGAUGUUUAAACGUGGAUCGGCAAAAGCAUAAACAACUUAAUUAUAAAAUUUUAAGAAGAAAAUUUAUUUGCAUAUUGUUGAGUCAUUUUAAUUGUUGUUUUAAUCAAAAAUAUUUGCAAUAUUUCUUUUUAUAUGUAUUCAUGUGUUCACACUAUUGUUUAUAAUGUACAAACGUAUACCUACUUAUGUAAAAUCUUUACUUAUUUUUAAAAAUCCACUUAUAUUUACAACUUCUUAGUUGAUUUAAUAUUGAAUUUUUACAUACUUUAAAAAAAUAGUGGUUACUGCUACGAAAAUUUGAAAUCCAACUCACACUUGUCGAAUUAUUUUCAAAUUAUUUACUUCUGUCUUUAUAUGCAAAUACAUGUGUGCUUUAUACUUAUAAAUAUAAUUACGUAUAUGUAGUUAAUAAAUGUAUUAUAGUUAGUUAACCAAUACAAA